AUGGCGAAGCAGGAUUUUGAGACUAUUGACUACUUUGGUCCGGUGGUGGUGGCUGCAAUCUUCGCUGUCGCAUUGUUUCUGAUUUCCUUCUUCAUCAUCAACUUCUUCUGUAUCACAAAAUACGAUGAUGUCACACAAUUCGAAAAGGUUGGUCUAUUCCAAAUUGUAACCGUAAUAAUUCACUCUGCGCCAGACUUUUCAAAACGGGCUUAG